AUGGGUGAGGUCAUCACCACUUCCCUCCCACUUCAGAUUGAAGAUUAUGGCCUGAUUGGCGAUAUGAGAACUUGCGCUCUGGUCGGCAAGAAUGGCAGUAUUGACUACAUGUGCUGGCCUAAAUUCGACUCUCCCUCUACCUUCGGCAGAAUCCUCGACACCAGCCAAGGCGGAGGCGGCCAUUGGAGCAUCAGUCCACGACACAGUACCCUCUGCAAGCAGAACUACCGCACAUCUUCAAAUAUCCUACGCACCAAAUGGAUCGAUGAAGAUGGCGUUGUUGACUUGACCGAUUUCUUCGCCCUUUCCAAGCACAACAAGCUGCUGCAGGGAACUGGCUCUACCUUGGUCAGAAAGCUGGAUUGUGUUCGUGGUUCCAUGUCUAUCGACAUUGAGCUUAGUCCGAAGCCUGGCUAUGCUCGAUCUCAGGGUUCGAUGCAGUUUUCAAAGGUAAAAUCUGAAGGAGACACUUAUUCUCAGUCUCUAUCGUGGGUCCCAGCGAACGACGAUCCUUCCGAAGGCUUCCAGUUCUUCAUCAGCUACUGUACGCGCGACCGACCUCUCGCAAAUCCUCCAUCCAUGUUCCGGAACGAAAUUUCUUCCCACGAUACUGUACAUGCACACUUUGAGCUGCAAGAAGGUCAGCGUAUUAUGAUGGUGAUGCAUGACGAGAAGCUCACCCCAUAUCUGGACAAAGAUCUGUUCCAAACACUGGAGGACGAGACUUACAAGUAUUGGACCAACUGGAUUCGAGCUUGUCAUUACCGUGGUCGGUUCCAGCAAGAAGUCGAACGCAGCAUGCUCAUUUUGAAACUCCUCACUUACGAGCCCACGGGCGCCAUUGUUGCCGCACCAACAUUUUCACUGCCUGAGGCUAUUGGCGGCCCCCGAAAUUGGGACUAUCGGUAUUCGUGGGUUCGAGAUUCUAGCUUCACAAUCUGUAAGGUCACAAAUUUCCUACUGAGAGCAUGA